AUGGCCGAAGUCCUCCCCGAAAUCAUUGGUAUAAUAGACGAUGGUCUGGCUAUUGGCUCAUUUUCCUUCUCAAAAAUUGCCGAUAAGCUGCUCGAAAUCGCAGCGUGGGGCUCUUUCAUCAAGGAUAUGAUUGGAGUUCUCAACCCAGAUAAGCCCGAUCCGGUUAUGCUCAAGCUUAUCGAGCUUGACAAGAAAAUCACGCAACUUUCCGACAAGAUGUCAUGGGAGUUCGAUAGCCUAAAGGCCUUCAUAGUAGAACACGAGUUUUACGCGGAUCUGGUGCAAACCGCCUCGACGUUAAUGAAGUUCAUGCAGGAUACAGUCAAGGAUCCUUGUAAGGAUAGUUAUGCAAUUUUCAGAGAUGUGUCGCAGAAAUCUCCACCAUUGCAGUACGCUUAUAAAAUGAUAAGUCUUUUGGAGCAAGAGUCGACGAAUCCAUUAAAAAUGGCAAUGAAAGCCGACCCAUUGAGAACUUCGGAAACUUUCGAUAAGUGGAGAAAUAUCAUUGACGGCGUGAUUACCCAAUUUCUGUUCCUCGAGACUUAUAUCAAUGGUAUAUUCUGGGAUAAGAAUAUGUAUGGCCCGAAGCUUCUGACAGAACGCAUCACCCACCUGAAUGAGCAGAUGGAUGCAUGGAGGGAAGACUAUGAAGACUCUUAUUGGGAUACUGUUGUCGAGCGUAUGGUUCAUGAUAUUCAAGAUAGGUAUGAGAAUUCGAAUGCUAGCAACGAAGAGAAAUCAAAGAUGAUCGCUGACAAUCUUGUAGCAGGGAUUAGCAAUGAGUGCUACUACGUGAUGGUAUAUGAUGACUGCGGUGGAUACGCUCAUCACGCGUAUUACGGUGUCCGCAGCCGAUACAUAGUCUCGUUCCGCCGUGGGAAAUGCAAUGCCGCGGUUUAUCGAAGCAAAAGUUUCAACUUCGUGAGCCAAGAGCUUCGGAACAAUUUUCAGCACGACCUGGAGUCUCGCAUAAAUGAAGUAAAUUGGACAUCAUCAAUUAAAGAUAAUAGCAAAUGGAUGAUGGAAAGAAUUCCGAAUUGCGGACUUGUGGCCAUGAUUCAAAUGGGUGAGGAUUUGGCCGUUUAUUUCGUUUAUGGAAGUGCCACUCCUGCUCCACGAGGACCAGGAUGGAUGAUUGAUGUAGACUUCGCAGUUUGGGGUGUAUCAGUGAUUGCAGGGUUUGAGAAAUUCUAA